CGUGCGGAUGCUGCUCAAGUGCAGCACUGGGAAAUGUAGUUCCUAUUGGUUCCAGCCAGACACGGUGACAUGCGAUGCCUACAAUCCCCAGAAUGCAUCGCCUCCCACCCUUUCCUGACCCUUCCACUUUCUAUCGCCUGGCGGCUGUGGCUUUUCGAUAUGUCAGUUCAUUUUGAAGAAAGAAGUGGGAUUGUGCCCUGCAAGACCCCGUGGGGUGAAUGGUAUCAAACUAUGGAUGAAGUUUUUAUUGAUGUCCAUGUCCCCGUUGGAACAACUGCAAAAGACAUUAAAUGUAACUUGGGUAGUAAGGAGAUAGCUUUAUCUGUCAAGGGGACAAUCAUACUGAAGGGUAAACUUUAUGGUUCUACUGUUGCAGAUGAAGGAACCUGGACAUUAGAGGAUAAUAAGCAGGUGUCUAUAGUGCUGAUGAAAUGUAAUCGAGAAGCCGGGAACUGUUGGUCUUCGUUACUGGAAGGACAGUAUAAUGCUGACCCUUUAGUACAAGAUGAGAUGCAGAAGAAGCUCACACUGGAGAGGUUCCAACGGGAGCAUCCUGGCUUUGACUUCAGUGGAGCUGACAUUUCUGGAAACUAUAGCGGUGGAGGUCCAGAUUUCUCAAAUUUGGGAAAGUGAAGACAACUCAAAGACAUGAGGAGAGUGAUUAUUUUCUGCAGGGCCAACAUGUGGGUAUUCAGAAGACCAGUGCAAAAGUCAGACUGCUAUUCAUGCCUGAAGGAGUUAAUGGCCCAGAAAUUGUUGAGAUAAAAAUGAUGCAUUUACAACUGUUGUCCAUGCAAGAAAAAAAUCAUUAUUUGUAGGAGAUGUGGAUCGACUUAUGAAUUGCCAGAAAUGACGGAUUCGCGCUGCUUUGCCAUCAAUCUCAGGUCAUUAAGCUCUCAAUGAGGUUGAAGAAACUGUUGGAUUUGUGCUGUAAAUACAAAUUUUAAAAUGCCAAAGCAAAUUAAAGCUGCAGUAUAAGGAAUUUAUUAAAGGGGUAGUUAAUAGAACUGAAACAUCAUUCAGUCUUAGAAAACAAAAGAACAGUUUAAUUUCUUGUCUCACUCCUGCAGAUAAUUUGUCCCAAAAGUAGUCCAACUAUAACUAUUUUUUUUGAGGGAAUGAUAUGUUAAACAUCAAAAUAAUCAGAAAAGAACGGUGGAAGCUUAUCACAUUUAACUAACCCACAACAACAGAUAUUAUCCCCAUCGGAUAGGGAAGAUUCAGUGAAAGUUAUGAACUCCUUCCAUUUGGCCCUUUAUAUGUGGAUACAGCCAAGGAUGAGAGAGGGAAAACCAAAAUCACUGUUCCCACCAA